GGCGAAGAAGCGGAGGCUGAGGCAGGCAUGGCGGGCUCUGCCUCCGCCGCCGAGAGGGUCUUGCCGGCCUCCCCCAACUGGUACUGCAGCCGCUGCAGCGACGCCUCCCGCGACGGGGCCCUCUUCGGCUUCGCCUCCAGGAACGUCGUUUGCCUCUUGGAGGUCCGAGCAGCGGCGCCCGCCUUCCGCGGGGAGCUAGUUGGCCAUACUGAAAGAGUUUCUGGCUUCUCAUUUUGCCCCUAUCCUGGUCAAAGCUACUUCUGUGCCAGCAGUUCUGAUGAUGGAGCUGUCAAAAUCUGGGAUGCGCGCACCCUGAUUGUUAUGACGGAACAUACACUGCAUCAGAGUACAAUUUCUGCAUUGCAUUGGUCACCCAAAGUGAAAGAUUUGGUUGUAUCUGGUGAUGAGAAGGGAAUAGUAAUUUGUUACUGGCAUAACCGAAAUGACAGCCAAGCAUUCUUUCCAGAGCCCAGAAACAUAUUCUGUCUCACUUGUUCGCCACAUCAUGAGAAUUUGGUAGCCAUUGGGUAUAAAGAUGGAAUCGUGGUCAUCAUUGACAUCAACAGAAAAGGAGAUGUUAUUCAUCGCCUGAGAGGUCAUGAUGAUGAAAUCCAUUCUCUGGCAUGGUGCCCUGUUCUUGGUGAGGAAGGCAUAUGCAAUCAAGAAGAAGCGUUCCAAGGUGCAUACAAAGAGGAGACUACAACUGGAGGUGAAUCAGAAGAAGCUGCUGGAACAAAGGGCUACUGCUUAGCUUCAGGAAGCAAAGAUCAGACCAUUCGUGUGUGGAACUGUACUAGAGGUAGAGUGAUAAUGACUCUGAAGUUGCCCUUUUUGAAAAGAAGAGGUGGAGGUGUUGAACUAGCUGCAAAGGAACGUCUUUGGUUAACACUGCACUGGUCCCAAAAUCAGCCCACAAAAAUCUUUUCUAGCUGUUUUGGAGGUGAACUGCUGCAGUGGGAUUUGAUACAGCCUGGAAAACGGAAGUGGGAGCUUCUGGGGACAUCAUCUGAUGGACAAAAUCACUCCAGAAUAGCAUUCAAUUUGUGUUCCUUGGAAGUAGAAGACAAGGAGCUACUUCUCUCAAUUUCAAUGGACAGAGAUGUGAAGUGCUGGGACCUGUCAACUUUAAAUUGUUGCUGGACAAUGCCUUCUCUUGGCGGGUUUGUUUACAGCCUGGCCUUUUCCCAUGUGAAUACAGGCUGUCUUGCUGUAGGAGUUGGGGAUGGCAUGCUCCGGGUGUGGAACACCUUGUCAAUAAACAACUACUAUGAUUUGAAAACCUUCUGGCAGGGCAUUAAAUCCAAAGUUACAGCGUUGUCCUGGCACCCAACAAAGGAAGGCUCUUUAGCCUUUGGAACAGAUGAUGGGAAGGUUGGCAUCUAUGACACCUACUCUAACAAGAAUGAAAUCUGGAAGGGAUUAGCAGACUUCCCCACCAAGCAACCAGUUUCAAAAUGAACAAAAACUGAACUGUAGGAAUUAAAUAAUAAGUCUUUUGUUCAAAUAAAUUGAAUGGUACAGUGAAAAUAGAAAACUCCAAAGACUUG